AUGUCAGCUCCACCGUCGUACUCAGAGCCACCACCUCGUUACUCUCAAGUCGUGGAUCCAAAUCCUGCCAGGUACGCCGUCAACAAUAGGCAGGCUUUUCAAGUUGCUCCACUGCCCAGCCGCCAGCAGCAUCCUGUAGUCCAAGCACUUCCAUUCCACCAGGCGUACAACCCCCAACCAUACAUGCAGCCUUACAUGCAACCUUACCCCAAUGUCCAAUAUCAGCAGCCAUACGUACCAUACGUACCCCACAACUAUUUCUAUCCUCCAUUUGGGAGCACUGUACAACCAUACCCAACGCCAACGCCAUUCUAUCAACCACAAUCUACUAUGUACCAAGCCUCUCCUCAAAUAGCAUCUACUGAAGCCCACGAGUAUCAACAACAGUCUUACGUGCCACCUCCACCUUCUGGAUAUGUCGCGAUCCCAGGGACAAAUUUUGCCGUGCCAGAAGAAUGGAUAGCAGGCAAUAGUAAAAAGAGCAAGAAGAGUAGGAAAAAGAAUAAAUGUGCCAAAGCCCUCUUACGAGUAUUGUAUGGUUAG